AUGGUGACAAAAAAUAAUCAAGAUAAAAAAAGGAAUUUCAAAAUUUUGUUUGAAAGAAGAAUUAUAUUAUCACAUGAAAGUGAAAAAAGUAUAGAUAAAUCAAUAUAUGCUUUUUAUGGAAUAUGUUUAAUAAGUUUAUCUAUUUCUGCAUUUAUAUUUUCAUCUAUGUUUUUUUUUUUUAAAAUGCAUCCCUAUGCUUUAUAUUACUAUAUUGUGAAUGUUAGCUCAAUAUCUAUUUAUAUUUUAUAUAAAUAUUUUAAAUGGAUAUCUUUAGAACUUUUUAAAUAUUCAUAA